AUGGUUGGAAACAUCCGAUGUUCGGAAGUUCCGGGGGAAGUACUAUUGAAGCAGCUUGGCGUGGAGCAGAGCGGAGGACGGCCAGAACUCGGGCAGCAACUCGGUAAACGGAGCCAUUCUGGUCAGUGGUCGGGGACAAGCUACGGCAAGUAUGGUCAAAGGGAUCACGCUGAUUGGCGACCGCAUUCCGACAGGUUGACAGCUCUGAGCUUCGCAUUGCUAAUCUGGAUGCAGACACUCGUCAAUGGAUGCUGCUUGAUGUUGCCUAUUCUCGGAAUUUUCGUUCAUCGGAGCGGAGGACGGUCCUCCGUCCGGGGGACGAUAGCCUAUAGGCCCGGUAAACAGAACUCAGAUAGAAGAGACGGCGGACAGGGUCCUCCAUGGAUUGAUGCGACAGUGAAACAGCUAUGA